AUGCGGGCCUUGAACUAUGGCCAAAGUUCCCUCUGGACUCUUCUCUGUAGGCCUUUGGUUUCAAGUACUUUCCUUAACAUCCUUGCUGCUCCAAGUAAUGCUUUCUUUUGUACCAACUCGAUUCUUAUUGUGAUUCCUAAUUUCUCCAACUACAUUUCGACAUUCUUUGUCCCAUUGCCCCAACGAUUACCGGAAUCACAUCAACUUUCCAGACAACCUAGCAAUUUCGCCUUUAACAUCUUGUGUUUACCUAAACCUACACUGGUGACCCUCGGAGUUCAAAGUCCAGUAGCCAUGAGUCUCUCAGCCUCCCUAAAGCCACUGCCUACCUGCAGCAUUGCUUGCCUUCCUGAAUGGUUCCUGCAGCUGGAACAGGAGUUCCUUCUAUGUAACAUCACCUCUCCGAUCACCAAAUAUCAGAUGUUGGUAGCAAUCCUGCAGCGAGUGGCGCCAUCCCCACGAAAUGCAUUACCCGCCCUCUUCACAACAACGCCAGCGGACGGCCAUACUCCCUCCGAGAUACUCACACACAUACAACGCACCCUCGCCCGCGCCAACACACACCUGCCGCCCGAUAUCCUGCGCUCGAUGUUCCUCCAGCGUUUGCCGGCGGCAAUUCAAACCGUCCUUCUAGCUUCAGAACUCCCCAUCGAGCAACUAGUCUUGAAAGCUGAUGACAUGCUGGCCAUGCAGAACACCACUCAAAUUUCAGUGGUCUCUACUACCCCGUCUCUCACCCUGGGGUCCCUUGCGACACAGGUCGCCCACGACCCUUCACCACGUCUCAGAUUCUGUCACUGCAGCCCCUCAUCUCCCCGUGCCACCCGUGACCGCGGACGAAACUACACGCCUCAAUACCGUCAAAGCUACAGCCGCCACCGCUCCCCGACUCCAGGAGUUGAAGUCAGCCUUAUCCCUGUAACCCACAGUGAUAAACACUUGCUCACUUCUCGCACAUUGGAGGCUGCCAACUGCUCACCCAUCAACGUAUAUGGUGAGCAUUCCAUGACACUCAUUUUCAGCGGACCCCCACAGUCGAAGCUGACAUGGGUUUUCCUGGUCGCUGACAGACAGCAACCAUUCCUGGGAGCAGACUUCCUUGUGCACCAUGGCUUCACAGUGGAUCUUAAACGGGAGUCCCUAGUACACCAGUCUGGGGCCCACACCUUCGCCUUGUUGGCCCUUAUACAUGCCCCUCGCAUCUACACAGUGCUACCCAACGAAUGUGCCUAUCGAGCUAUGCUUCGGGACGUCCCAGCGCUGACGAAGGCCAUUAACGUGGCAACAACACCGCCACACACUGUCACACACCACAUCAUCACGACUGGACCACCGGUCAACUCCCUGCGCAGGGCCCUUGCACUAGACCAUUUCCACAUCGCCAAGAAGAAAGACGGCGAUUGGCGCCCUUGUGGUGAUUAUCUCAACACAGUUACCGCGCCGGAUCGCUACCCCCUCCCGCACCUCCACUCCUUCACACGCAAACUCUCAAGAUGCACGAUCUUCUCCAAGAUCGACCUUGUCUACUAUCAGAUUCCCAUUGCCGAGGAGGACAUCCCAAAGACAGCUGUAACCACCCCCUUUGGCCUAUACGAAUUUCUUCGAAUGCCGUUCGGCUUCCACAACGCCGCCCAGACCUUCCAACGUUUCAUGGAUGAUGUCACCCGUGGACUACAGGGUGUUUUCGUCUCCAUCGAUGACAUACUCAUCGCUAGCAGCAGAUGUCACACAAUCACCACGGAUGGCAUCACCCCAGCUCAGGAGAAGGUUAGCAGCACCAGGCAGUACCCUAGGCCAACAACCAAGAGACAACUUCGGAAGUACCACGGUAUGAUAAAUUUCUUCAGGAGGUUCAUUCCCAACUGGAUCCCCUACAAAGCCUCCUCAUCCCAUCCAGGUCAGGACGCGGCAAAGACAUUACCUGGCCCCCAGGGCGACCAAAGCUUUCGAAAUCAGCAAAGAUGCCUUAAUCUCGGCGACCCUCCUCAACCACCUGCAAGAGGGGGCAAGGCUCAAUAUAGCCGUUGA